AUGAGAAAGCAGCUGCUGCUUGCGCUAUGCAUAUACUGGGUAGGCAAAGAAUGCUUGUGCCUUAAUGACUGUCUUUGGGACGGUUCAUCCAUGGACCCCCUCAGAGCUAAGGAGGUGCAUUCCUUCUACCUCCGCGCAAGGCCCCUCCUAAAAGGAAGGAAGAGACGCACCCAAAGAACCAGUGCGUCCAGGAUAAACAAAUUAGACUCUCAAUAUGAAUACCCAAAUAAGGUGGUGGAAAUGUGUCCCCCUGUUGACAACGACGUGGGCGCUAAAGAGAGAGCGGUGACUGAUUCCCAGGGCAAUUUUCGCACUCCUUCGCAGAGUAAUUCGCUAUGUGGUCUGCCGCCUAACCCGCGGGGUGGCCAAGCGAGGGGGAAGAAAAUAAUCAUCGGCAACUGGAAGUGCUACCUCACAAAAGAAGAAGCAUACACACUAAUCGACACGUUUACAAAAAUAAAAUACUCUAGUCAUAUCGACCUUAUUUUAUCUCCUAACUUAUUGUUCAUACCGUAUCUUCUGCAAAAAAUUGAGGAGAAUAAUUCGAAGAUCUUUGCAUGCUCCCAAGAUGUCAGCUUGGCAAGCGGCUUCGGGGCCUUCACCGGAGAAACCACAGCCACCUUAAUAAAGCAGUUUGGGAAUAAAUACACCAUAAUUGGACAUAGUGAGAGGCGCAGAGGUUUCUGCAGCGAUGGGGAGACGCUGGAAGAGACAGCGCAGAAGGUGCACAAUGCUGUGCAAUCCAAACUGAAAGUUAUCCUAUGCGUCGGGGAUGAUUAUCAAAAUGAGAAUCGCCCAUUCACAUCAUCCAAGACAAGAAAAUUGCUUUCCCUCAUCAAGCAGGCAAUUCCAAAGGACGACAUGCAGAACAUUAUCAUAGCCCUGGAGCCCAGCUUCGCCGUCGGCACAGGCAAACCCGGGUCGGCUGACUUUUUGAAUACCUGCUACUGGGACAUCAAGAGGAACAUAGCAGAAGAGGUGGACACGCAAACGAGGGACGCAGUGAAAAUCGUGUACGGUGGAUCGGUGACUAGGCACAACAUGAAGUACUACGUGGAGAAGACACCCGUUGAUGGAUUCCUCAUAGGUAAGGGUUCACUGGACGAGACCUUUAUCGACAUCAUAAAGUACGUUGACCAAUCUUGCGUCUCUAGUGCGUAG